AUGGCGCUGAAGCGGAUCAAUAAGGAACUUAGUGAUUUGGCCCGUGACCCUCCAGCACAAUGUUCUGCAGGUCCAGUCGGGGAUGAUAUGUUUCACUGGCAAGGCACCAUCAUAGGACCUAAUGACAGCCCCUAUCAAGGUGGUGUAUUCUUCUUGACCAUUCAUUUUCCUAGAGACUACCCCUUCAAGUCACCUAAGGUUGCAUUUACAACAAGAAUUUAUCAUCCAAAUGUUAACAGUAAUGGCAGCAUUUGUCUCGAUAUUCUAAGAUCACAGUGGUCUCCAGCUUUAAGUAUUUCUAAAGUUCUUUUAUCCAUUAGUUCACUGCUAUGUGAUCCAAACCCAGAUGACCCCCUCAUGCCAGAGAUUGCACGGAUCUUGAAAAGAUUAUUUCCACAAUAA